AGCCCUGCGGCGUGGCUUUGUCCAGGGGCUGAGCAUCCUCCCACGCACAGCACAAACCACACCGCCGUGGGCCGUGACCGGAGAGAAACCACCGCCCGGAGCAACCGGGCACACUGCGUGGCACCGAGCGGCACCGUCCCGCGUCCCCAGCAUGGACCCCACGGUGCCCAGAGCCACGCUGAAGGCAAUGGGGCUGUGCACGCUGCUGGUGCUGCUGGUGGCGGCGGUGACAGCGGCGGUGGCGGUGCUGCUGUGGCGCUCGGAGGCGCUGGGGAAGCUGCGGGGCUGCCGGGAGCGGGCGGCCAACGAGAGCCGUGCGCUGGAACUGCGCGUGGCACAGCUGGAGAGGGAGCGCGACCGCCUGCAGCGCAUGGCUGAUGAGAGGGGGAGGGAGGAGGAUGCGCUGCGCCGGGAGCUCAGCCGGGUGCGUAAGGAUGGAGAGAAGCUCAGCUCCGGCCUGCGGUCCUGCCGGGAGCGGGCGGCCAGGAUGGAGACCAACAUCACAGCGCUGCAGGAUGAGGUGCGGGGGCUGCGGCGCGAGAGGGCUGAGCUGUCCCGCAGGAACGCAGCACUGCAAGAGGAGCUGGCUCAGGGUGCAGAGCGGGCACUGGGGCUGCAGCGGAGGCUGGAGGAGACGGCGGAGCAGCGGAGAGCGCUGUGGGCACGCGGGGAGCGGUGCGAGGAGCGGCAGCGGGACCUCGAGGCCAUGCUGAGGGACCGUACAGCUGAGUUGGAUGCGCUGCAGCGGCGGUUGGGGCCCCGCACGGCACGGCGCAGGUGCUCCCCUUCCCGGAAGAGCUGAAGCCCCACAGCACCCUCCUGUCCGGCCCCUCUUUGCCAGCAUGGACGCCACACACAGGAUGGCAUCGACCCUACAGCAGCGGGACCCAGGGCUGCCCAUCGCCCCCAGUCCCAGCAGCACUGGGACCAGCAGCAGCUCAGCCCCCCUGCACUCAGCAGAGCAGAGUCGGCACAGCACCAACGACCCUCCCCACGUCCCCUCGUGUCCCCCCCACACCACACUGAGCAGCUGUGCACGCUGCCUACUGGCUGGGGGUGAGCGUUGGUGACCAGUCCUCGCCCUGAGGUUACCCAGAGUCACUCAUUAAUCACUGAUUCUGCCCAUCCACUGAUUAAACAGGAAUGCCACUCCAU